AUGGGCACUCCGCUGGUGGGCACUGCAAUCAUCACAGGGGGAAACGGGUCCCUAGGAUCGGAGAUAGCUGUUGCCAUUGCAAAGACCCAGCCCUUCGUCCACCUCUUGCUCCUGGCCCGCGAUAUCAGGUCGGAGAGCGUGCAGAAUGUCCGAGAGCGCAUCCGAUUGAUCGGGCCCCGGUCCAUCGAGGUCGCUAGGGUAGACCUCGCCAGUUUCAACUCUGUCGCGAGCUUCGCCGAGAAUACCGUGGAGAGAGUGCAUAGCAAAGACAUCCCUCCCGUGACGCUGUUGAUCAACUGUGCGGCGAUGUCCUCGUAUGUCACCGACCAGGUAACCCGGGAUGGCCACGAUCCCGUCUACCAGACCAACUGCAUCGCCCCGUUCCUGUUGACGGUCAGCUUGCUCGAGGCCUUCCGAGCCGGAGACGGCACCCCGAACGGCGGCGCGAGAGUGAUUAACAUCGGCUGUUCCUCUAUCUCAAAGGGAUCCCUGGGCUAUUUUGAGGACGAAGACCAAGCCUCCCACGUGGGACGAUCGGGGACGCCUCUCAGUGCAAAGGACGCCCUCGCCCGCGUCGGGAGCAGCAAAUUGAUCAUGAGCGCGGCCAUGUAUGCCUUGCGACGGAGUCUGGUCUUGACGGGUAACAUUUCUCUCAAUAUAUACACUCUAGACCCGGGAGGGAUGGUUGGAGAGAGCCACUUGGUUGCCGACGUCCCACUCUCCAUUCGAAUGGCACAUCAAACCAAGUCUGGACUUCGGCCGUUCCUGCGCGUGUUUUCCAAGAGCGCUAUCAACAAGGUUAGUGUUCCAGCGAAAGUGAUCGCGAAAGUCGCAUUCCAGAGCGACACGGUGGAGAACUGGGGUAGAGAACGCUAUUAUAUCUUGGACAGCGAGUACGAGGCCGGAUCCGUCAUCCCAGCCCUUCGAGACCCGCCGCAGAUGGAAGCAUUGCUCAACAAAUUGAUGCGCCAGGUGGAGCUUUUUCAACGGCUCUGUUUCAUAGCGGGUGUCUCGCUCUUCGUGCUGCUCCUCAUAUUUCCCUCGUGGCGAGCUUCGAUUCUCCCCGUGCUAUCGCUUGGCCUCCUUUCCUCCUCCCCAGAGGACUUGCACAUUCAAACCGUCCGAUACUAUGAUCUCGUGAAAAUGCAGGGGACAGCCAGCGGCUGGGAGAAUGGAGAACGAGUGUUGAUGUGCACCCCGCUCCGGGACGCCGCCUCCCAUCUCCCCAUGUUCUUUUCCCAUCUUCGAAACCUCACAUAUCCACACCAUCUGAUUGAUUUGGCUUUCCUGGUCUCGGAUUCCAAAGACGGCACUAUGGAAAUGCUCUCGCAAAUGCUGGAGGAGCUACAACAUGACCCGGAUCGCGAUAUGUCGUUUGGAGAAAUCUCUGUCAUACAGAAGGAUUUUGGUCAGAAAGUCAACCAGGACGUGGAGAGUAGACAUGGAUUUGCGGCCCAGGCAGGACGCAGGAAGUUGAUGGCCCAGGCCCGGAACUGGCUCCUCAGCGCUACGCUCCGACCCACGCAUAGCUGGGUCUACUGGAGAGACGCGGAUGUUUUGACUGCGCCAUCGACGAUUAUCGAAGAUCUUAUGAGACAUGACCGGGAUGUCAUUGUGCCAAAUGUAUGGCGCCCGCUUCCCGACUGGCUGGGGGGAGAGCAACCAUAUGAUUUGAACUCCUGGCAAGAGUCAGAAACAGCUCUAGCGCUGGCUGAUACUUUAGACGAGGACGCCGUUAUUGUGGAGGGUUAUGCAGAAUACGCCACCUGGCGGCCUCACCUCGCCUACCUCCGUGACCCAUACGGGGAUCCCGACAUGGAGAUGGAACUGGAUGGGGUAGGAGGGGUCAGUAUUCUUGCAAAGGCCAAGGUCUUCCGGUCCGGUGUACAUUUCCCAGCCUUUAGCUUCGAAAAGCACGCUGAGACCGAGGCGUUCGGCAAGAUGGCCAGACGUAUGGGGUUUUCGGUCAUUGGCCUCCCCCAUUACACCAUUUGGCAUCUUUACGAGCCCAGCGUCGAUGAUCUCAGGCAUAUGGAAGAAAUGGAACAAGAACGAAAGCAACGCGAGGAAGAAGAAAGAGUACAAUCCGAGCGCGCAGAACGCAACAAGGCCAUGUUCCAGGACCCGAAGAUCGAAUCGGAAAUCGACAACGCCUUUGUGCGCGACUCGAUGGAGGAAGCAGCCAGAGAGCAACCAGCAAGACAGGUUUCGACGCCUCAAGAUCCCGAAGACAGCUCUGCUGCUGCGGGGGAGCCAGCAACAGCAAAAGGCAAGGCGGACGACGUGCACGAACAACAAGGGAACCUUGCAAAAACCGACGAAGCAGCGAAGUCAAGCUAA